AUGGAGAAGGACUCCCUCGGCGCUUCCGCGGCGAGGCGUGCUGCACGGCGGCGCGGUCGCGCGGCUCUGGAAGCAGCGUUAUGUCCGCUGGUGGCGGCACGCGGCGCUCCGGGCUCGUGGUUGGACCGCGAGCGCGCGUCGAGACCGGCUCUGCAGAGGUUCGCUGCAGGGCAUCGCGUCCCGGGUGUAAUGCGGCUCAGGCGGAACACGGGCUGGCAUGCGCGCCGUGUGCCGCCUGGCGGGUUCACGGCGGCGUCCCCGGCGGCGCUGUCCUGGGCUGCUGCUGGGCCCCGCCUGGGGCACACGGCUGGUGGCAUGCGGGCUGAGUCCAAGCCGUUCGUGCCGCGAGAUGCUUGCCGCGCAGUGGGCGUGCGUUGCAACUGCGGUUCUACGGAGUUCGCGCCGAUCCCGCCCCCCGCCGUGCAGAUGCCCAGCGUGACGGAGCCCGUGCAUGGCAACGCGAUGUGCGAGCGCGUGGGCGGCUUUGUGCUGGGCGUUUCCGCCGCGGUGCGGGAUGCGGCGUGCGUCGGCAAGGUUGCCGAGGAGUUCGCGGGGGCACAGGUCGUGCAGGCGCCGCAUGCAGAUGCAGAGGUGCAGACAGACGCUGUGCCGACGCCGUGCGUGACGGAGUCCAUGCAUGGCGAGAGCGAGGACGCGGACUUGGAGGUGGCUGCCUGCAGCGUGGCGCAUCCUGAGCAGUUGCGGAGCUCUGGCGCAGCUGCGGCAUGUGGCUACACUUGUGCGCGACACUUGGGGUCGGCCGAGGGUCUUGUGUCGGAUGUCUCCUUCGCGGUGCAAGGGAGGGCGUGUGGCGGUGCGGACGCCGAGGAAUUCAUGGACGCGCAGGUCUCGCAGGCGCACAGCGGGGUGUAUCAGGACUUCACUACCGCGAACAGCGCGGAGUCCCUUUUCGACCCAGAGGGUAACCUCGAGGUGGAAAAGCUGCGGGCGCUGUCGCGCACGUACGCCCAGGCCAUCGCCGGGGACCCCGAAGUGAUGACCUUCGACGCCGAGACUGCCGCCUUCGAGCUGCGGUUCAAUGCCACCGUCGCCUCCGCGCCAACGGAGAUCUACCUGAAUCGCCAGCUGCACUACCCGCACGGACGCUCGACGCGCACAUGGUGCUCGCCCACGGGCUUCGGACACUCGCUGCAGAUCGAGCCCGAGGGCUGCUUGCGGCUGGCGAGCGCCGAGGAAGACAGCCUGGUGCUCCUGAUGUUGGACAGCGCGCAGCCCUCCUGCAUGCACAGCAUGAUGAGGGUGCGCAUCAUCGCGAACGCGACGGACAAAGGGCCCGUGUCGAUGCUGGUCUGAGCGUUGGCUUUCCCGGGCCCGGUGGAACAGGGCAACAGGAGGAGGAGGAG